AUGAAAAAUAGAGUUUAUGUUAAUUUAUCUUUACAUACAUUUAGCAUUUGUAAUUACCACACCUAAAAGCUUCUUUCAAAAUAAGAAUUUGUUUAUUUACUUUAAGUUGAGUAAAUAUAUUAAAAUUAAAGCUUUAGAAAUUCCUCUGCUCCCAUUGAAAUUCUAAAAGAAAGACUAACAAACGGUUUAAUUAAUACAUAACUUACAGAAAUUCUCUUAACCAAACUUAAUGAUCCUUAGCAAUCUAUACUGAGAAAAAUGUAUUCACAAACUUAUCAAGUAUUAGCUUUCUUAAAAAACCAAAAAUUUAUUGUUACUAUUUUACCUGAUCUAGCUCUAUUUGACCUUUACAGUAUAGAUUCAUGA